AUGGCUUUUGUCUUUGGUGAAUGCCCACCCAUCAGCCCGUUACACGUGAAGACUAAUGCAGUGUGUAUCGGUGCCCGCCCAGUUCUCUUUCUGGGGUUCCUCAUUGCGUGCGGUAUGGUCGCUCACCACCGCGAGCCGGGCACCACGACCGUUCUCCCGCACACUCGUACCCGCAUCACCCACCCCGUCAGUUGGGUCCCUCCCUACUUCCGUCGGACCACCGUUCCCGAGCUCCCGCGCUUCGGCGUCGGGCCUCUCGCGCCCUCACUGGGUGUAUGGGAGGGCACGUCGACAUGGUCACUACAGCCGCAUUUCUGGUUGUCCCAAGUCCUUAUGUGGUCAGCAACCAUUCCGCCGCCUACGCUGUUCUUCCGACGUGUGCUCCGCCCCGGCCGUGGGCAGACCCCAUCCGACGACGGAUACUCAAUAUCGGACGCGUCCGACAUUGCGUUACAGCGCAAUGCACCCUCGCGUGCCUCGGCCUCCGAUGAGAGCGCUGCAUCCCCGUCGCUCGCUGUCCCUACUCCCGCGUAUCUCGACAGUGGGUUCACCGGCGCGAUGCCGGGACGUGGAAGCCCGCAUGACGCGCCGUCCGCCCAAAUGGCGCUGCGCUACGAGCAUGAUCCCGAGUAUGCCUUGAACUCGAUUUGA